GGGCGGGGCUACAGGGAGGAGGAAUCAAAACAAAAACAGAAGCAAAUCGGCUCCGGGGGCAGCGGCAGAAGCGGAGCGGGCUCGCGAUCGACAUCCAGGAGGUGGCCAAGAGGAGCCGAGCCCGGCGGCCAGGCACGCAGGACGGAGAGAGGAUGGUGUCACCCGUCACCGUGGUUAAAAACGAGGGACCCAAGUUAGUGCCUUUCUUUAAGGCCACAUGUGUAUAUUUUGUCCUCUGGCUGCCAACCUCGAGCCCAUCGUGGUUCAGUGCACUGAUUAAAUGCCUGCCAAUCUUCUGUCUCUGGGUAUUCUUGCUGGCACAUGGAAUCAACUUUCUGGGGACACGCUCCAAUGCAAGGAAGAUCUUGGCAGGCCUGAUUUUUUCUGCUCUGGGAGAUGCUUUUCUUAUAUGGCAAGAACAAGGAUAUUUUGUUCAUGGCCUGCUCAUGUUUGCAAUUACGCACAUUCUCUACACCUCAGCCUUUGGAAUGAAGCCACUGAAUCCUGAACCUGGCUGUGGGGUGGUGGUUAUUUGUGGAAUAUCUUACUGCUUGCUCUACCCAUAUCUUUCCGGUCCCUUCACCUACCUGGUGGCAGUUUACAUCGCUCUGAUUGGAUUCAUGGGCUGGCGAGCCAUUGCAGGGGUGCAGCUUUUCAACGACCUCUGGACAUGGACCAAACUCUGUGCCUGCCUUGGAGCCGUACUCUUCAUGGUAUCUGACCUCACCAUCGCUGUCAAUAAGUUUUGCUUUCCUGUGCCUUACUCCCGGGCCAUCAUCAUGGCCACUUACUAUGCUGCCCAGAUGCUUAUUUCCCUGUCAGUUGUGGAAUGCAAGGACGAUAAUGAUAGGAAUAUCAGGGAGAUGAACUGAGGGACAAACCUGCUCUGUCAAUAAUGUAACAAAGUAUUCCUGAGUUCCAUGGGCACAGAAACCUGGAAAUUAUGGUGUGAUCUGGUUUCGAACCACAAGAUUUAUUUUCAUUGGUUUGCUUCUAUGUUAGUUUAUUGUUACCUCUGCAGUAAGAAAGGUGUAAGUGCUGUAGUUAAAACCAGGGCAGACAACACUCCAACUGAACUCUGGCUAGAUGUUCUCAUCAUACUGCACUCUUUGUUUUGUUGUGAACUUCUUUCCCAUGAGUAAGGAGAUAGAAAUGGUCCAAAUUUAUUUCCGUGAUUAUCCCUAGAAUCAGAGAAUGAGCAGAUUUUGCAUUGAAUUCUAUGACAUUGUUAAUUUCAGAGUCAUUCUUAUUAACAAUGUUAUGAAAUGCCCUUGUAAUAUUUGGAGGAGUUAUGACUGAUAUCAGUUGGUUGAAACUAUAAUGACAUUUAAAGGGAAUUGGAAGAUAUUUGAAAGGGAAAAAUGUAAAAGAAAGGAUGAAUGAACAUUUUGGAAAAUGACAAACCAGAAAAGGUCUCUUGGUCCAUUCCCAAAUAGAUAUGAUGUCUUGCACAACACAGUGAGCACAUUCCCAUCCCAUCCUUCUGGGAGAGGCGAGAAACCAGAGAGAAAUCCAGGCCAGAUAAUGGGAGUGGUAGGGGCAAUAGGAAAAAUUCCUUUGUGACCUCCUGAGGUAAUCAGAAUUGUCCAAGAGACCAUUCUGGCCCUGAUUCACAUGAUACAGAACCUACCUCUUGUACAAAGUAUUCUUCGCUUCAGGGAAAUAUUAGGGAAAUGGGAUUAAAAUAGGCACCGCCAGUUGAAGAACAGACACAAGUUUGAUGGCCAAGUGAUGAUUUUCUGUGUUGUAAUUUCUGUAAUGUUUUGUUUUUGAUGUACAAAUUGCUAUAUACUGAUUCGUGCAUGUAUUGCUCAUACCCUGGGUAAUGCUUGCAGUGACUAGAGGGACCUAAUUUUAAAUUGUGAUGGCACAUUUUUCCUUUAUAAAAUGUGGUACAUUUCAAUCCUUUUAAAUAAUAACCUAUUUUCAGUGUCAUAGACCAGGUGCUGUGGGAAAAUCUACCCUUUACUGUAAUGUGACUUAGGGGGAAGUUCAACAUGGCCGUGCUGGCAUUCCAUAUGUUCUGGUGCUAACCCACACUGCAGUGUCUGUGUAGAGAAUAAUUUCAUAAAUAAGUAUUUGUGAUGGCGACCGUUGCCAAACGAGAGAAGAUUGAGGGAAGUAGAGCACUUAAAUUCAGAAACAAGUAACUGAUCGUUGAGGCUGCUAGUAUCAUGUAUUCAGAAAGUCACUUCCACACUCUACUUUUGCCCUGCAGCAUUCCACAGAAUUGAAGUUCAGAAUGAAAGAGUACCAAAAUAUAAAGAUCAAAUACUUUACUUUAAAAUUGCAAACUUAUGUAUUGUAAUUGUCCUCUGAAUUUUUUCUUCCCAGUUUUUGAAGGUGUUGACUCAAGCUGGGGUAUGGUUCAAAGACUUGUAACAGUCUAGUCCUUAUCAAGCAGCCAUGAGUAAGCUGGUGUAGUGAGUGUUAUCUGUUACAUUGGGUGAUAAAAAGACACUUGACUACAGUGGUAUCACAGCUGAUCUUAUUCUUGCUCUCAACUUGUGGCCUCACAUGCAGUCUUUCCAACAGACAUUGCUGAAUAGCAAUCAGUGAUAUUUUCUUUUUUGUAUAUCUCCAUCUCCAUCCAGAGAUGCUCAGGAACUCUGGAACUCCUGGUAAUUCCAAACAGACUGAGGAUCAAAUAUGAAUCCUUCAUGGUUUGUGCAUUUUAGCUAUUCAUUACCUUAACAAGUUAAAGCCACUUGCUGUUCACAGUUAAUUUGAAACUUCAUAUUUUUUCUGCUUGUGUUUAAAUUCAAUAGGUUUUCCUUGUAUCAAGAAGAAACUGUCAGAGAAUCUGAAAGUGUCACUCCUCGAUUACCAUUUCUCCAAUUGAAUGUACUUGGUUGCUUAUUCAGUACCAGGCCAUUUAUAACUUGCACUCUUGGUUGAGGAAUGACUGUAAGGAUUUGUAAGAAAUUAUGCAAAGGCCACUGGGAGCUCUUUGUUCCAAGUACUCUUUUUUUUAAAAUGCCAUUUCUCUCCAGAGAAGCUGCAGAGCUGAAGAACCGCAGAAAUUUUAGGACGUGUCUCUUAGAGAUAGUGGAGUAUUCUGAACAAAAGAUAUUGCCCCUGAACUUGCUUUUAUUUUUAAUUGGUGUGUGUCAGAGCCCAGUUUUCCAUUUUACAAUUUUAUUUCCUACUCCUUUCUCAGUUAUUCAGCCAAAAUGCUUCCUUCUUACACAUGAGAGUGGAGUAAAGUUGCAGCACCAAGGAAGAAUAAUAGGCAUUAUAACUAAAUAUCAUCCAUUGGUUUCAGUGCAUUAAGAACAUAAGUGUUACUAAACUGAGGACUCUAUUAGAUCGAUAAGACAGUUUGUGCUCAUUGGAGAGAGCUAUGCACACAGAAACAUGUAGGUACAGGAGAAUUACAGAGAUCUACAUAUAUAAACAUUUCCUGAACUAGAUCUAUUGAUAGAUGUAACUAUUUCCUGUCCCUGUAAUAUAUAGACUGCUGUGUAUAGCUGUCUCCUCUACCUGCAGUAUUUAGAUUGUCAUAGAACUACUGUAUAUGUACCCACAGUAUAUAAACAGUCAUUAGUAACUGUCUGUUGUACCUACAGUAUUUAGACUGCUGUGUAACUACUGUGUGUCUGCAGUAUAUAGACAGCUGUAUGUGAUUGUCUCCUAUCUCUACAGACUGUAUGCUGAAACUGAUUGUAACGCAUUUAACAGUGCUGUAGCUGAGAUACGUUAACUCACAACAGGCCAAUAUCAAGCAUGGAAAUUUCCUUUUCUGCAUUACUGAGCGAUUCAGUAAAUUAUCUAGCUGAAGCAUCAAGAAUAGUUAGCUUGUAAAUUCUGUAGUGAGCUCUCUAUGAUAUGUAGGCUAUGUUCUUUAGAAAUAGUCAGAGGUACUGAUCUUUAGAAUUAUGGGUGGUUAAAAUUAAGCAAUGAUAAUAUAAGCUCUAUUAACUGAUUUAGAUAGAGUUAUAAGCCACAAAAGCAUCUUGCUUUCAUCAGUUUUGGUGAGAGGCACACUAAUGACAGUUUAAACAGUACCAUUUAAAUUAAAUCUCUUAUGAUUUUCGUUUUCAGAAAGUGUGUGAAAUCUUUGCAGUGUGUCAGUUAGAGAAGCUGUGGUGGUGCAGUUAUAAGUUCUGUCCUUCCAUCAGAGAAGAAAAUAGAGAAGAAUAUUUUGAGGUUCUAAUGAAGUUUUUUGCACAAAAUGUGUAGCGCACAAUAUUGCAGUGUAUUGGUUAACAUGAUUUACCCCAAUGUGUUAAAUAAUUCACUUCAUUUGAUUAAAAAUUAAUGGUUAUAAUCAUUAAUUAAAUCGUAAAAUUCAAUGAACAAUGUGAAAGUAAAUGGUGCAGUAAGUUAGGGACUGGUCUUUCACUCUGGAAUUUGAAUUGAAAUUCACUGGAUGGAAUCUUGUGUAAGAGUAUCAAAAAACUACAUGUUGUCUGCUGCCUGGAAGAGUACUGGACAAUGGAGGUCUCAAUUCAGUCUCUAGUAAUCAGGGAUACAUGGCACAAAACUACUCCCAUUGUGAUUGUGGCUGGCAUUAAAUUGACAAAUUUGCAGAGAGAACUGAAGGGUGAGAAUUAAAAAGGAUGUGCACUAUAAUUUGAGUGCUCUAGUGACUUUGGAACUGAAGCAUAUUAUUGAGGGGAGUGUGGAUUAACUGAGUACUUGGUGCUGACAGUAAAAGCACAGUAGAAAGUAUUGUAGCAAUAAUAUCCAUAAUCUUUCUGAAUAUAAUAAUAAACAAAACUGUCUUUUUCAAUUCACAAGAUGACAUAAUAAAGACAUUUCUCCAGAAACAAAGACUUAAUCUAUUAAGACAUGCACAUUUCAGCUGUUGAGGACACAAUAAUAGACACAAUAAGGUACUAAUAAUGUAGAUUUUGUAUGUAGAAUAGGACUGUUGUGUAUUAAGUCUACAAUAUUAUACCAACCUAGGUGGAGAACUAGUGCAGGACAUCACCAAAGUUUAAAAUAGUACAAAAAAAAGCAAAGUAGAUGAACAUUAAGUUUCUGAAAACUCUGUUUCAGGGAGAUGGAAGGCAGAGGGAGAGGGAGCUCUGAAAGACCCAAAACUUGGUGUUCAUGUGGAAGAAUGAGAGUCUGAGAGAUUGAUGAAUUUUCAUUUCAACAUAGAAUGGGGGAGAAAGAUGAAAGGAAAUAUAGAGGAGCCAUGAUCUCAAUAAUAUUGCAAAUGUAAGGGGAGGAAGAACGGUUGCAAUGGAUUUAAAAAAAAGUCAGAUUAGAGAUAAGACAAAUAUCUCUUAUUAAAUAAAGUAUUUUCUUGUAUCAUAUCCAUGUACGCAAGAGGGAGGCAAAAAAAACUUGGAAGUUUAGAAAUGAAAUGUGAGAUCUCUUUAAUGUUAGCUUCAAGCUAACAUUCAGAUCAAUAUGAAACAAGUAUGUGCACACACCCCUGAUUUUCCUUGUCAGAGCAACAUAGGCCAACAUUAUUGACUCCAGGUUAAUAUUUUAGAUGCUGACCAUUAAUCAGAAUGGUUAACCUGAAAUGCUAAUUCUGUUUAUUUCUGCAGAGAAGCUGCCAGACAGAGUAAUUGCUUCCAGAAAUUUGUUUUAAUUUCAAACUUAAGUGGAACUAAAAUUCAGGGGGCAUGCGUAAAGCAGAUUUCCCAAUCCAAUAACCUUGUAAAUCAUAAAACUUAAGACUAGAAGUUGAUUUUUAUUCAAGUGGAGAAUUUUAGAAAAAUCUUGGAGAUCAGGUUGAUAUAUUUUUCCAAUUAAAUCUGUUUUUGGUGCACUGGUCAGAAAGAAAUAAGCCAAAUAUUCAAAGUCAAGAGAGAAAAAUGGCAAUAUUCUAUAAUAGAGGUAAGCAUAUGAUACAGAAAACAGUCAGUAUUUAAAAAGAAAAGCUAUAUUGAAUUUUAGAAAUUAAAGAUGAAACAUUUUCCCAACUAUGUGGGAACAUUCUGUUAAAUUUCUCUCUCCUUUCUUGAAGCCACAAGAUCAUAUUGGAAAUGCUGUCAAUUUGUCAUGCUUUAUGCAUUAACCUAGCUAGGAAGUCGGUCUAUUUCUUUUUCAUUCAAAGUCCACUAACUCUGAUUCGGAAUGGGAGCUCUGAAUAAACUUACUAAGGUUAAGGCCAGUUGUAAACACUUGCUUUCAAGUAUAAAUCAGUUGAGUUAGUUUAGACUUCUAAUCAUUUAAAUAUGUUUUUCUGUAUUAUUUUAGGGACUACUCUUACAUGUAAUUUCUUACACUUCCAUACGUAGGCAGCUGAGUGCGCUUUGCGAGAGGUUGGAGUGUGUGUUCUUUCGUAGCUGAACUGCAGUAUGCUGAUGGCGGUAUACUUCUGAUCUGUUCGUUAGACGUAGGAUAAGUAUUUGUGCUCCCUGUGUGUGAAACUCUUAAUUUGUUUUAUUUCUUUUUCAAGUGUUUGAAACAAACAAUGAGAAACCUAAAAUGUGGUGUACAUAGUCUUGAAGUGCCCUAAUGUGCACAAAGUGUACCAAUUUAAAGAUGCAAUUCACUCAGCAUAAUGUAUGGCAUGUGCACAUGGCAGGAGUGCAAUUAACUGCUGUGCAUCAAUAAUGCACUCUGGAUUAAAGGGAAAUAAUCACUAUAGUCUGGCAUGUGUGUACAGUUGUGUGUCAGUGUAUGUUUACAGUUUACUCGAGCAAAAGGGAAUGUUUAACUGCUGUCUGGUACUGUUCAGCUCUCUGUCUCAGUUUCAAAUCUAGCAACUAUUUUAUAUAUACUGUAUAUAUACAUUAUAUACACCUUGUUUGGUAGCAGAAGAGAUGCUUUCUGAGAAUAGGUUUUGUAGUAUACAGCUGGCAGAUCAGAUGAGUACAGGACUCCACUUCAUUGUUUGCAUCUAUGAGCAACAGAGUCUUGCAUAAUGGUUUUCUGUAUCUUCAAUUUUUCUUUUACAUAGGUUAGUGCUUUAUUUCAUAUCUCACAAAACAAUCAAAGAUAAACAGUGUCCUUUUUUAAACUUCUCUAGUCUUAUAAUUUACUUUUUUCAGUAUAAAACAUUUCCAUAAGUGCAUGGGAACCAAACAUCAUCUUUUUAUUUCAUUUGAGUUUGACUUGUCUAGAAUUGAGGAUUGUUGCUGAAGGAGUGUUAGGUGGACUCCAGCUAUCCUUCUAUAUUUACUCAUUCCACAAGUGUGGAUCUAGAUAAACGUCAGAUUGCUCAGUCAUAAGGAACUUCACAGCUGAGAACACUUGUCUGCUCUCACCUAACAUCACCUUAUUUCAGAUGCAGGAACCUGACUGACUUUGUUGAAGAGAAGAUAACAAGAAAGAUAAUGAGGCCAAACAUAGCUGGAUUCACCAUUGUUAGCAUUCGUGUACUCUAAGGUUUCACCACCUUUGCUGAAAUACUUGGUAUUGAGAUGUACUACUACCUUAUUGCUACAUGUACUAUAUUAUAUGAAAGGAGAAAGUGAGGACUGCAGAUGCUGGAGAUCAGAGCUGAAAAUGUGUUGCUGGAAAAACGCAGCAG